GAUAUCAUAUGCGCUCAACUCUUGUCUUUCGUCAUGAAGAACGGGCGCAAAGAGUUAACGCUGGAAGUGAUCGAUGACUUCCAACUCGACUACUUAGACAAGAAGGCCAUCAAUGAGUAUAAGAAAUCGAAGACAAUGGCCGCCAGAGCCCAGCGGACACCCAAAACCCCGGCCUCGCGGUCCGGAUUCAACGCCAACGACAGCUUUAAGGCUUUGCUUAAAGAGAUGAACAGCGGAUCCGAUGACAGCAAACCGGCGCCGACACGGCUUUUCACUCGAAUCGAAAUCGCAUCCAAUGACGAGUCCAGUGCUGUCGAAGACAAGAAACUGGAAGAGAUUAGUGUCACAGAAACGACAACACAUGAUGUGGUGACCGUUGAAACGCCGAAAACACCCGAAAAAGUGGUAAAUGAGACACCAAUGUCUCCCGAAAUGGUGGACCAGACCAUUGAGUACAUGGAUGUGAGCGCAAUGACCACUCCAUGCGUGACAGCGACCGCUAUUAACGAGUCUAUCAAUACAUCUCUCAAAAUUGACGACACGAUUAACUCGAAUAUAUUGUGUUAUUUCGGGAACUCUUACUCCGACAAAGAGUGGCGGAACCGAUCGAAAGUCGAACACAGCGUCAAACUAUACGACCCGACGAUUACGUUAACCGAAAACUUUAAGUUUAUGUCAUUGAAGAUUACAGAAACCAAUGAGAUAUUGAACGACAUUAUUGACGAGUUUUCAGAGCUUCUUCGGGAAGCGCUGGACAUUGAAUCGUGGAAUCAGUUUUCAAUUCCCAGUCCUAUCGAAGCCUAUUAUAUCGGACGCGUUUGCUAUGACUGCAGCUCUAAGACCAAGCUAUCGGACGGUACGAUACGACUCGAGGGCUCCCGGUAUCUGACAAAUAGCGAAUCCAUUGAUCUGGACUUAAGCCGUUUGAACAGCUAUUCUCUGUUUGCGGGGCAAGUGAUGGCCUGUAAGGCUAUCAACGAAUCGGGCAAAACACUUGUUGUUCAAGAGAUCAUGGAUUUCGAUAAGAUUACGGGUUCGCCAGGAGUUACGCCAUCGUUUGUCCACCCCUUGAAUCUGGUCGUAGCCGUCGGGCCAUUCAAUACACACCAAUCGCUGGAUUUAGAGCCGUUGCGGAAGUUUAUGUCAUACGUGCGCCGCUAUGAGCCCGACUACUGCCUACUCUUAGGCCCAUUCGUGGACACUAUGAACGAGAAACUGUUGACCACCGAUGAGCCCAUCGAUCGUAUAUUCAAUUCGCAGAUGCGAUACAUCGCCGAAGAGUUGGCAGAUGUGAAGACUGAGGCGAUUGUGGUUCCGUCCACUCGUGAUCUCAAUGUGUUCAACACAUUGCCUACAAUGCAAUUCAAUUCGUAUAAAUCGCAUAAAAUUCAUUACUUUUCCAACCCAUGCGUACUGAACAUCGCCGGCGCCGUCAUCGCCAUGACGUCCACCGAUGUGUUGCUUCAUCUGAGCAAAGAGGAGAUCUCUGCUGGCCAAAGUAUUGACCGAUUGUCCCGUCUCUGCAAACACAUCAUUAAUCAGCGAAACUUUUACCCCAUAUUUCCGCCCAAUCCUGACGUUAACGUUGAGUUCACAAAAUACGAUUACAUGCGACUACCGCGAAACUUUUACCCCAUAUUUCCGCCCAAUCCUGACGUUAACGUUGAGUUCACAAAAUACGAUUACAUGCGACUACCGGUCAGUCCGCACAUACUUAUAGUGCCGUCGGAUCUCAAAGAGUUUGUUAAGAAUAUUUCCCGAUCAGUGGUCAUAAACACGGGUCGAGUGUUCAAAAACAAAUUCACUCGAAUCCGUAUCGAUCCGAUUGAUCGCAAGUCUUUCAAUGGUUCCCUCGAGAGCUAUACCAAUGUUGAGAUCAUUAAAAUGAAAGACGAUUAA